GUUUAUAUUGUGUGGAAUAAGUAAACUCUUUUUAUAUCUGCUGUUUCAAACAGGCAAAGAAAUAAGAAAUUUUAAUUACAAAAAGUGUGUUUCAAACAAAAAUAACAGGGGUCCCAAGUAAAAAAAAAAAGUAAGCUUUGGAGGCUGGAGAGUGGAAAGUGUUGACUCGUCAAUGAAAUAAAAAAAAAAAACAAGUAAUAAACGAAAUGAUGAAAAUGGGCGAAUGUGUUUAAGAUUUGAACAAAUAACAUAUUUUGCAAUGCAAAAGUAAGUCGUAUGUAAGUUUGUUGCACCAAAUGUCUUAAUGUGGGGCUGUGAAAUAUUGCUGCAUUUGUAUGAGAAAAUUAAAUUUAUAAAAAUUAUUCGCAAAUGAUGACGUUUCGUCGCGACGAGUAAUUGAAGCAAGUAGAAUAUUCGGUUAAGAGUUAUAAUUUUGUGUGUGUGCUAAUUUGUCCAGUGUGCGCUGUGCGUUUAAACAAAGUGUUGAGGGAGGCGAAGUGAAAAAAGUUGAUAAGAGAAUUCAAAAUUCACCUCUUCUAUCUGCAAUCAGCGAGUAUAAAGUAUAAAACUUUAUAAAACAAAUAUUGAUACCACUUCCAACACGCAUCACGCAUCACGAGCUCACACCCUUAUCCUUGUUUCUAGAUGGCUAUUCCACCACCUCCGGGCCCACCCCCGCCACCAGGUCCACCACCGCCUCCGGCAAUGGGAGGCCUAAAGUUAGGUGGUGCCGGUGGCGGAGAUGCGCGUUCAGCACUCCUACAAUCGAUACAAAAGGGCACUAAACUAAAAAAGACAACGACAGUUGAUAAAAGCGGUCCAGCCCUGUCAGGAAAGAUUUGCGAUUCAACGUCAUCCGCAACGAGUUCACCGAAACGAAUACACAACAAUAACAACAACAAUACAAGCAAUAGUAAUAACAAUAAUGUAGGCAAUGGCGCACCAAAACUGGGUGGCCUAUUCGAAGGGCUGACCUCAAUGCCCAAACUGAAGCCAGUCAAUGGCAGUAGUCGUGCACAAGCACCGGCAGUUCCAACAGCGUCCACGGACUCAUCUGCAGCGAGUAGACGUAACGACACAUCACCACCUGCAAAUGCCAGCUGUGGCAGCGGCAACAGCUGUAAUGGUCCAUUAGAUUUCAAUGCUGAACUAACAAAGCAUCUGACACUGAAGCGACAGAAGCAGCAGCUGCAACAGCCAGUCAAUGCGACAGAGGCGAAUUUACGCACAAAUCGUGGACCACCACCUCAGCCGCCAUCGACGCCUCCGAAAAAUCUUUCAACGAGCGCCUCCGACUCAGUGUUGGAGAAAACGAGAAAUGCCAGCGCGUCGUCUGGCGUCGUACGCGCUAGUCCGUUGGCGACAAAUCACAACAACAGCAAAGCAUCAUCACCUACGCUUUCGGAGAGUAGCAAUGGCAGUAACAAAAAAAUCGCUGCCAUCACAAGUAAUAGCAGCAGCAAUAGCAUCAAAAGUAAAGCGGCCAGCUUGAAUUUAUCGUUAGGAAAAUCAAAUUCCAAUUUUGUAAAUAAUAAAAGUAGUCUGUUUAAUACAAACUCUUCUUCAACAACUACAACAACCACGCAAUCAACGACCUCUUACAAUUCUACCAACAACAUAACAACCACAAAAACAUCAACAACUACAAAUAACAAUUUAAACAACAAAAGCAGCCUGAACAUCACACUGUCCAAAACACAAUUCCAACAGCAGCAAACUUCGCCCGCACCCAGCCGAGGCAGCAUCCUACCGAACAAAUCAUCCUUAUUUGGCACAAACGGCGUUAGUAGUGCGGCAGGUGCUGCAGCGUCAUCGGCUAGCACCAAUUCCCUCGCUACGCCUACCCCAACAUCCUCGCCGGCUAAUAAGUCGCCGACGCCUAGUAUGAAACCGGUGCCGAAUCAUGGCAAACCGAAUUUUGCGCCCAAACCGCCAGGAUUGCAUCAAUUGGCAUUGGCGAGCAGUCAGCGACCGACAGUGUCCCGUCAUCACAGCAUGAAGUCACCAAGAUCACCGCCAAUUACAACGGCAGGUGCGCCUCUAUUUCCAACUCAACAACACUUUGGCACAAUGCGCGCACCACUUUCUCAACUGUGUCAGUCGCAAGAAGCUAUAAAUAAUAGUGGUUUGCGCAUGGCACCGAAUCCACCAAUUGGUAAGCAUAAAAUUAAAUUAAGUAAAAGUAUAUAUAUUUACUACCUUUUCCUUUCAAUGUCAUUCCCUACAGGUCGCCCUACAGUGGCGCCACCCAAACCGCCAUCAGUGAAACCACCACCACCGCCCACACCAGCGCGCAGUGUCUCCAAUUCCAAUUUGAAUAAUAUUGUAGGACAAAAUACAUCCGCAUCAGCUGGCACUGGGUCGACUCCAUAUAGCGCUGUGAAUACUACACUUAUCUCUUCCGUAACCAGCAAUUACACUUCGCCACCCACAACGCAGCCACCUUCCAAUUCUUCUUCUUCCAGCAGUGUAUCCGCAUUGCGUGAUCAAUUCCGUAGCGCUACAAAUGCGACUCCACCACCGCCGCCACCCACGGCCGCCACUGCGGCCAAUGCGAAGUCAAUAGGCGGAAGUCAAGGUGGUCCAGGUAGCCCCGGUAGCAGGCAAUCGUUGAGUCGUGAAAAGGCGAUAAAGCCAAUCAUAUUGAAUGGUGGACCAUUGAAUGCGCCACCACUGCCACCGCAUCGGACAUGUCCAGCGCCACCACCACCGCAGCGACAAACUAGUAAUACUGGCAACAGCGCGCCACCAGUGCCGCCACAACGACACUCCUCAAUACGCGCCAGUGCACCUGUAACACCGCCAACAAUCAGCAACAACAAUAUGCCCAUGUUCGGUAACAAUGCUGGUAGUCUGGCGCACGCCAAUUCAGUCAGCCGUUUGGUCACCGAUUUGGAAUCGAGAUUCGGCAAACGCUUCCACAAUGUCACCGAAUUUCCAAAACCGCCACCGUUUGUGGACAUCAAUAUAGUGUAUUCGAGUCGAGCGGCCAAAGCGAAUGCGCCACUUCCAGGCAAUAAUAAUAACAACAACAACAAUGCCGAUGGACAAAGCAAUUACACUAAAAUGCCAACAGGAGUAUCAGCAAUAGCAACAGCAGCAGCAAUAGCAACACCUUCAGAUACAUCAGCGGUCUUGGCACGCAAAUCACCACAACCCGUUUUUCCGUUGGGUGUGAAAAAGCAUCGAGCGCCUGCCCCGCCACCACAAGCAGGUGUAGCCGCAGCAACGGUAUCUGUGAUAAGACAAUCGAGCUUCCUGUAUGGUAGCGCGGGUGUAGGAGGCGCAUCAACGCAACAACAAAAAGCACAACAAUGGUAAAUGAAAUAGUGCAAUCGGUGGAGGCGUGGAGUGGAGUGGGCGUUGUAUAUUUUUGGCCAAUUGUUCAAAAUAAACAACCACAUUAAUUAAAUGAAUCAAUAAUUAGUAUUUAAAUAUAUACAUACAUAUGUGCAUAUGUAUGUGUGUAUGUGCAUGUUAUAUUUAAAAUUAUAUGUAUGUUUGUGUAUCCAAAUUUUCCUAAACACGUGCAAGUUCAAGGUUCUGGAGUACAGACGAGCGUGGACCAAUAUAUAUACAUACAUAUAUGUAUAAUACAUUUGUAUGUACGUGUGUAAGUCAAACACGCAUAAAUAUUUCUAGUGUAGGAUAUAAAGAAGAGUUACAGUGAGAUAUCGAUACAGAAAGUGUUGAGCAUCAGGAUUUUAAAUUUAAAAAAAUUGCAAAAUAUUUAAAAGACAAAUGGGCGUUUGGUGUCGUCACUUUAGUCGCACUCAAAUAAAAUACGUACAUACACAUAAUUCAUAGCAUACACACAUACAUACAUACAUGUGUAUGUAAUUAUUUAUAUAUGUGCAUACCUACACAUAUGCGUAUGGAUGUGUUAAUAACAGUUUUCUGCAUCAUAUUCCAAUACAAAGACUCUCUUCUACACAUAAUGCCUUCAUAUUUGUAUUGAAAAAAUAUAAAAUAUAAAUUAAAUAAAUAAACUACUUAGAAAAUGUUUACUAAAUUAAAAUUGGUAGCUCAUUUGUUAAAAAAAGAAAAAAAAAAAAACAAUUAAAUAAAAUUUAACUACAUAAAUUUUUGUAAAAUGUUGCUGUUUAGUUGUUUUUUAAAUCUCCUUAGCAUUACCUUAAACUACGAAUAUCAAUCAUAAGAAAAACUAAAAAAAUGUAAAUAAAUAUAAACUGAAUUAUCCUUUAUUUAGUGAAGAUCAAAAACAAAAAAAAAAAAAAACAAGGAUAAACAUAACUUAAAUAUAAAAAUGUAUUAAUUUUCAUGAGUUGCGAAAUAACUUGAAACAAGUUACAUCAUACAUAGAUAAUAUUGAACCACAACUUACGAACGCACUAUCUGAACUUAACGGUAUUUUUGAAUAUAGACUGCAAGGGCCUUGCUGCCCAAAUGUUAAAAUAUCAAAGCAUUAAUAGUUACAUACGAAUACCUAAAAUACACACAAAAGCAAGCCACAUUCAUAAAUGCAUAAACGAUCUACAUAAAAUAUACAAUACAAAAUGUAAGCAUUUAGAAAUGUUGAAACUUACAAAACCGAAAAGUAAAAUAUCAUAUAAUUGACGGUAUUCACAUCGAGCACGUUUUUUGAAUCAGACGAUUGCGCAUGCAAUUUUGCAAUUAACAGAUGCCAUGACAAGGAUUUACAACUUAUUUCUUGUUAUUUGUCAAUUUCUAUUUUGCUAUUAAUCUCACAUUUCAUCAAUUAAUGAAUUUACCCUUCAGCCAACCUAACGAGCUCGCCGUGAAUAAUCUAAAGUGAAUACUCAAUUUUGAUUAUUCCAAUCCUAAACAUACAUAUAUACACGCACAUACUAUACGCUUGACAGAACGCUAUCAAAAUUCAACCCAUUCAUCUCUUUCAUUUUAUUUUAUUUUAUUUUUUAUUGACUAU